GGCUAGUGUAAGGCAUCAUGUUGAUCUUUUUGUGUGUCGGAAAAGCAUCGAGUGUCAGAAGCCAAACAUGAGUCAGCAAGACUUCACCACGCCACAAAGCCGGUGAUAACUGAUGGGAAAGCCAAGUCUUUUUCUUCUCUGAGUUGAGACCGCAAAGCUUUCACCUUUCUCUCGUCUCGUUGCUCGCAAACACCUUCACCAGUGCUAGUUAAGUGGACACAGUGUUCGUUUGAGGAAGCUGACAUCAUGGACUUCGACUUCAGGGAUAGUUUUCACUCUGUCAAGCACCUCUCUGCUGUGCAAGCUGCUAGACUUCACUCUGAUGUGGAUAAUGAUGGCCGGUGUGAUAUCCGAUGUCCCUUUUGUGAUUUUGAAAUUGAAGUUCCUGUGCUCUGCAGCAAUUUGGAAGAAGAGCAUUGCCUUGCCCUAAAAAAUGUGGUUUGUCCCGUAUGUGAAGAAAAUUUAGGGAAGGAUGCAAUCAUGCAAUUUUCACAUUCAAGCUCUCGAAAGUGGGCAUGGAAGCCUGAGAAAUCUAGCAUCUGGUCUGGUAACUCUGCAAUGUUUGGCAAGAAACUGGCUACCAGGGGAAACAAACAAGAAUCAAUACCAGAUCCACUUUUGUCACCAUUUAUCUGCAACGUGCCAAUUCCAAACUCUAACAAUUCCCAUUCAGAUGAAAACUUCAGCUCCAGCAAUAAGGAUAUAGACAUUCCUGAUGCAAAAAGGACUGGUACAGAUGCACGUGAAAUGGGUGAUGAGAAGGAUCAACAAGAGAGAAGGAUGAAGGCAGAUUUUGUUCAACAGUUGGUGUUCUCAACCAUAUUCGAGUAAAUGUGUUGGUAGAAUUUACCGUUACACUAGUCAUGGAUUGGUAGCAGCUCCUUGCAUAUUCAGAUAGGCUCUGAUGCUGAUUCAACAGGCACCGAGUUUUAUUGUGCUCUAUGGCUUUAGGGGAUGUUUAGUAGUCUAAGCAAUAGUUAUAUUCAGCCAAUGUGUAUUUAACUAUAUUUCUUAUCUUUCAAUUAAAGUUUGCCUUAUGGUACACUAUAUAAAACUACGUAAAUCUGCUUUACCA